AUGAAGGGAAAAGGAAUAUCAGUUUCAACUGAUCACCCUAUUCCAACAAUGGAAGAAGUGAUGGAGGACUUACAUCAGGUUACUCGACAGUAUCUAAGCUGCCCUGACCCAGUGGAGGCAGCAGCGAGAAGACAGAGUGUUUCAGGGAGACGCAAACAUGCAACUGGAAGAGUUCCCCCUCAUAACCCUGGUGGUGGCGGUCUCCUCCUCAUCUGGAAGAGUGACAUUGAUGUCUUUGUGUUAGUUUCGACCAAUAACUACGUAGAAACAAUCAUCAACUACCAAGGAAACAUUUUUCAAACUACCUUUGUCUACGGAGAGCCGGACCACACAAAGAGAUAUGCGAUCUGGAAUGAAAUAUCUAACUUGCACCCAUCAAAUGGAGGAACCUGGUUCUUGACGAGAGAUUUCAACGAAAUCAUAGACAACUCCGAGAAGAAUGGAGGGAUAGUCAGACCGGAAGGAACCUUCUACGCCUUCAGAACCUUCUUGUCACAGGAUGACCUAUCCGAUAUUAAACACUUUGGAAACUGUUUAUCGUGGAGAGGCAAGAGAAACUCACAUCUGGUCCAGUGCAGACUAGAUAGGGCAAUGUGCAACAGUGAGUGGCCAGACCUAUUUCCCUCCUGUAGAAGCCAGUACCUGAAAUACGAAGCCUCAGACCAUAGACCACUAAUAUCUUUCCUCGAUACCUCACGAAGAAAGGGUACUAAGAUCUUCAGAUUUGAUAGAAGUUUGAGAAAAAACCCUGAAGUUCAGACGUUAGUCAAGGAUACCUGGAAUAGUGCUUCCCGUCUCCAUGUUGAAGACAAACUUGCCCUCUGUAGAAGAGCUAUCUGCAGAUGGAGCAAAGCCUUCUAUGAAAACAGCAGGAAGACCCUCAAGAUGUUGAAGACACAGUUAGACGAGGCUUUGACUAAAUCCGUUCCUGAUGAGGAACUAAUUUUCCAACUCAACAGCCAGUUACUCCAAAACUACAAGAGAGAAGAAGAGUUUUGGCGUCAGAGAAGUAGAGAGCUAUGGCUAAGUCUGGGUGAUGCUAAUACCAGCUACUUCCACGUUACAACUAAAGCACGACAAGCUAGAAAAAGACUUUCAGUAAUGGAAGAUGAAAACGGCAUACCUUGGUUUGAGGAAGAACAAAUAUCAUCAGGGAUUUGCAACUUCUACAACAAGCUCUUCACCUCAACGAAUUUUGAUGGAUCCAAAAUAGUCGAAGACGCCCUCAAACCCUGCAUAACACAACAGAUGAAUGAGAACCUUACUAUGGAGCCAACACCAGCAGAGAUCAAAGAGGCAACCUUUGCAAUCCACCCAGGCAAAGCUCCAGGCCCUGAUGGCUUCUCAGCAAGCUUUUUUUUUCAGGCAUACUGGAAAGUAGUGGGUCCAGAUGUGAUACAAGAUAUCCAGGGCUUCUUCUCAACCGGUAUCCUCCGAACCUCGCAAAAUGAAACACUUGUGAGACUGAUUCCAAAGAUCAAAGGAGUAAAAAGAAUGGCUGAUUAUAGGCCUAUAGCUUUAUGCAAUGUUUUCUUCAAGAUCAUAUCCAAAAUGCUAUCAAUCAGGCUCAAACCAGUUCUGGAAACAAUUAUACCAGAGAACCAAUCAGCAUUCACAUCAGGCAGAGCCAUCUCAGACAAUGUUCUAAUAACACACGAGGUACUUCAAUAUCUCAAAACAUCACAGGCGGAGAAAUGA